GUGGCGUUGGCUGGGAGUGUGCUGUGCCGCCGCCAUCAUGAGGGAGAUCGUGCACCUGCAGGCCGGGCAGUGCGGAAACCAGAUCGGGGCCAAGUUUUGGGAGGUGAUCAGCGACGAACACGGCAUCGACCCAACCGGUACCUACCAUGGAGACAGCGACCUGCAGCUGGAGCGCAUUAACGUCUACUACAACGAGGCCACAGGUAGUGCAGGUGGCAAGUACGUGCCCCGCGCCGUGCUGGUGGACCUGGAGCCCGGCACCAUGGACUCGGUGCGCUCCGGGCCCUUCGGGCAGAUAUUCAGGCCGGACAACUUCGUGUUCGGUCAGAGCGGAGCAGGAAACAACUGGGCAAAGGGCCAUUAUACGGAAGGUGCUGAAUUAGUUGAUUCCGUGUUAGAUGUUGUAAGAAAGGAGGCAGAAAGCUGUGAUUGUCUCCAGGGCUUUCAGCUUACUCACUCACUCGGUGGUGGUACAGGCUCUGGCAUGGGUACCCUCCUCAUCAGCAAAAUUCGUGAAGAGUACCCAGACCGAAUUAUGAAUACUUUCAGUGUUGUACCUUCCCCUAAAGUAUCAGAUACUGUAGUAGAGCCCUACAAUGCCACGCUCUCGGUGCACCAGCUUGUGGAGAACACAGAUGAAACAUACUGUAUUGAUAACGAAGCCCUCUACGACAUAUGCUUCAGAACACUGAAGUUAACUACUCCGACAUACGGUGAUCUGAACCAUUUAGUGUCGGCAACCAUGAGCGGUGUUACCACCUGCCUGCGAUUCCCAGGCCAGCUUAAUGCUGACCUGCGGAAGCUGGCAGUGAACAUGGUUCCCUUCCCCCGUUUGCACUUUUUCAUGCCUGGUUUUGCCCCGCUCACGAGCCGUGGGAGCCAGCAGUAUCGUGCUUUAACUGUGCCAGAGCUAACGCAGCAGAUGUUUGAUGCAAAGAACAUGAUGGCUGCGUGUGACCCACGUCACGGCCGCUAUCUGACCGUAGCGGCUGUUUUUAGAGGCCGUAUGUCAAUGAAAGAGGUCGAUGAGCAAAUGCUGAACGUUCAGAACAAAAAUAGCAGCUAUUUUGUUGAGUGGAUUCCUAAUAACGUUAAAACAGCGGUCUGUGACAUUCCACCUCGUGGCCUGAAAAUGUCUGCCACCUUCAUUGGGAACAGCACAGCCAUCCAGGAGCUGUUCAAACGCAUUUCUGAGCAGUUCACGGCCAUGUUCCGCCGAAAGGCUUUCCUGCACUGGUACACGGGCGAGGGCAUGGACGAGAUGGAGUUCACAGAAGCUGAGAGCAACAUGAAUGACCUGGUGUCUGAGUAUCAGCAGUACCAGGAUGCUACAGCUGAGGAGGAGGGGGAGUUUGAGGAGGAGGCUGAGGAAGAGGCAGAGUAAGAGCUAU